AUGGUCUUUGAAAUGCUCUUAGAACAGUUGGAUGCUAAACACUGUCCAUAUUAUUCCUCCUUCAACCGAUCGAAUAAAUCUCCCCACGUCUACCCUCUUUCUCUUUCCUCUUCUUUCUUCAUCUGUUUGUUCUUCUCUGCAUCUGAGUUUGGAGCAGAGCUGCUGCUUCUUCUUCUAAAAUAUCCGAAAUCAGUCGAAUUUCUGCAAUAUCCAUUUGAAAUCAUAGAGAUCUCCGCCUUUGCAGACGCUGUUAUAGUAGCCGCAACGCAAGGUCUAGGGGUUGCCAAUUUUCAUUUGUGUCACCAUUAUUGUACUUCCAACAACUAUCUCUCUGCGCUAUGCGACGCUUCCUCUUAUGAUGCUUCCUCCCUCGCUGGCGCUCUGUCAAUCUCUGCUGGAUUUUCUCCCGUGGAUGUCAUGGCUUCGCCGACAGUCAGAUCGAAUUCUUACAGAACAGCUCCCCGGACACUCACUAGGCAAAAGAGACGUACGAGGAGAUCUCUGACGGGGGAUUCUGACAGCGGCGAGAAGGAUUGGUUCUUCGGUGACAGCGAUGAUGGUCCGUUUGGCGGAGGCAGUGGCGGCGACAAUGGUGGUAGAGGGUGGAAUUUCGACAGAUUCGGAGGAUCCGAUUGGGAGGAGUCGUCAUCGUCAUCGUCAUCGUCAUCAUCUUCAUCUUCUUAUCCUAGGUUCGAUUUCUUAUGCGAGGUACUUUGUUGGAUCGUUCUUUCUAAUUGCAUGCAUUUUGCCUUCAAGAGGAUGGUUAGGACUCUUGGCAGGUGGUGAUGAUGCACGAUCUGGAAGCUCCUAGCCGGAGAAUUAUUUAGACGUACUCGAGUGGCGAGCUGGAUUAAUCUGCAAAACAAUGUUUAGAGGGACCGGGGUGGAAGACCCGGUGAGGUCGCUCUGAUGCUUAAGUCAGUAUUCUGUGUGUUUACGAGCUAAGUAUGAAUGCUAAAGAGCUUGAAUGUGAGUAAUUGCGCGUACCUUUGCCUUGAGGAUCAAUGCCCUUAUAUAGUUGAGUAGCCGUGAACCUUACAUAAAGGCUCCGGGAUCCCCGGGCUGCAUAGAUAAGAACCGUUCCGUUUCCGAUGGAGAGCAAUGCGCCAAUUGAUAAGGUUUAUCACGUUCCUCUGAUUCGGAUGGGGUGAGGAUGAGCCCAGUUACUAGACGUUGUGAUCUCGGGAGAUUCGGAGUCCGUUGGUGAAGCUUUUGGAGUUGCUUACGUGGCGCUUCGGUUCUUUAGUCCCGAACUGGCACCUCAGUUCUUUGGCUCCGAACUUGCACUUCGGUCCUUUGGCCCCGAACUGAAUUAAGUGCCGAGGUGUUCAAGGUCCCGAGCUCCCGAGCCGCUGGCGAGGCUCCCUUGCUAAGUUGUCACCCUACUGGCUGAUCGCAUCCACGUGUACCUCGAUCGCUAGGUUGGGCCAAAUUACCCUUCAUUAAUUGCCCCCCACUCCCCGUGCCAGGGGUCGCAACCCCAGUGCGGGGAGUUUACAGUCAGCGCAAGCAGGUUGGCCCAAUUUCUUCUUGGCUCACCUCCCGGUUUUAUGGUCGGACCAAUGUAAUCCAUGUGGCUCAAUGGAAAAACCAAGUCGCGUGUCGGGGGCGCGCGGACGCGACACGGUUUAUAAACUCUGCGGACGCCAAAAAUCGCGCUCAACUGAAAUCUUUCCUCGAAGAGAAUGCGGUCGGUUUUCACGAGAGCCGUAGGAUCGCGUCGAUCUGAACUGUCAAUUCCCGGAUAUGGUGGCUAUAAAUAGGGGGACCCAAUUCCCCUUUCCUUCGUCUUUCGAAGUGCAUCCGAGAAUUGAGGUCGCGCAUCCAUUCUUCAGCUCGUGUUUUGUAUUUGGGGCAGUUCGCUUCCUCUUUCGUCUUUCGGUGAGUUCAUUUGUUUCCUUUUUAUUCAUUAUAUCUGACCUUAGUAUAGAUAGCCUUCUAGAUGGGAGCAGUGAGUCCGCUGGGGCCGAGGUGGGUACCUCGGUACAAACUGCGGAGCCUCUCUUGCUGAGGUGGGCACUUCGACACAGGAUGAGGACCCCAAUCUGUCCGAGGUAGACUCACCUCGGCGAGAGCGAGAAGCUUCUGGCAAAUCAGCCUCCUCCUCACACCGAGGUCGCCUGCCAGACAGCUUCGGUUCGUCUAUAAUGACAGUGGACAGGCUCCUCUCCUUAGUUGAUCGCUAUAGACUUCCUACCGACCUCGUUUAUAGUAUCCCCUUAGGCAAUUUUCCUUGGGAUCACGGUCACGAUGAGAUCGUGGUCUUCGAGGAACAGCUCGUAGUUGGCCUUCAUUUUCCACUCCAUCCUUUCAUAAUUGAGAUCGUCAAAUUUUUUGACAUCACCAUAGACCAGCUCCACCCGAACUCCAUUUGCAAUAUUGUAGGUACCAUCUCCCUUUUUCACGACUAUAACCAACCUCUUGACCUCGACAUUUUUUCCUCAAUCCUUUCUAUCAAGAAGAAUUCUGCAUGUGUUCUACCCAAGCACAUGCAUAGUUACUACAUGUCUCCUCACCCCGGAUGCAAGCUGUUACACGAGCUCCCCAACAAAGUCUCGACCUAGAAGAGGCGUUACUUCGUAGUCCGUAACGCGGAAGGGUGGCCUUUUCCAACCCACUGGAGACCUGUCAUCCAGGACCCCGGUGUUAGGCUGGAUAAAAAAGUGUGGGAGGAAGUACGGGCUUGGGCAAAGGUAGGCUUGAAGUUCGAGAACUUCGUGACCGAAGAGAAGCUCACGCAGGCCAGCCUAAGUCCUCCCAGUAGGUUGCUAACUGUUAUACUAUUUUUCUUAUUUUGUUUUACUUUGAUGUUGCAUCUGACUCUGUUCGUUGCUUUCUUGCAGUCAUCAUGGCCAACUUCUCUACCAACGAGCUCUUCAAAGGCAUGUAGAAGGGCAAGAAGAAGAAGAGGGCCUCCAAGAAGGCCCGCAU